CGUUUAGUGCACAAGAAGUUUUAUUAGAGCGUGCUAGAUAUGAACCUUCGCAGAUUAAGAAGUUACUUCUCACAAUCAUAAUACUCAUACCAACAGUAGGUUUAGUAUCUCUACUGCGCGAUAGUUUAUACCAUUGUUUGCUAAAUACAGAUUCCUCUGUGUGUGCCGCCAACUUGGAACACUGGAGGAGCAAUACAUACGUCUUCGCGAAUACAUAUUACGGAAUGAUUUCCACUCACAUAAGUCGGCUGCUUACACUCCUGUGCACUAUGAGUGUAUUGAGAGUUAUGCAAGCCAACGCUCAAGCGCUCACGGUCACUCAGGAGUUUCCACUGACAGUGCAGCAAUUUUUACCAUCUAAUACAGACACAAGUGUUCCUUACGGUCUGAGUGAUGGACAGGAUAUCACCAUCAUGUUCAGUCGGCCAGUAAUCGCAUUGGGCUCUGAUCUCGUGAUCGGUGAAGAAGGAGAGGUCGCGGAACUGCCUGAUGAUCUGGUCCCCAUGAAGUUCGUAUGCGAAAACGGUGAUCAAGAGGCCCAGGAGUGUAACAUUGAUGGGGUGAUGCGCUGGGUGACAACGUCCAUCGCACGAUUCACACCCAUUGGCGGCUGGCCUACGGAUGUGAAGUUCACAGUUGUAGUGCCGGAUGAUCUGACGACCUUCGAUGGAGUGGUAAUAAGCGCUGAGAAUGACGCGGAAUUGCAGCGCAAAUACUCCACACCGAGUUUACGAUGGACCUUGAAGAAGGUCGUAUCCGAACAGGCUAGUGAAUACACUGAGGGGCGCUGGGACUCACGUGUGGCUUUAAAUAGCCGUUUCCAUGGAGACACUGCGUACGAAAUGCCCCCGGACGCCUACUUAGAAGUCACUUUCAGCGCUGAUGCGAGACGUCUGGACACGGAUGUGCUCCUGGAGAGCAUCAAGGUACUCUGCGCGCAACCCACAGAAGGGUCUACCUGCGAUGAUAGCGCCGGGGACGGUGUCGAGAUCGAUGUGGAACUGUGCAGCGAUGCAGAUGCACAGGAUGAUAGUAACACGAACGCUGAUGAAUUCCAGACAGCGUGUUUCAAGGUCAUACCCAAGACCGGUCUGAAGAACGACACCGACUAUCAGUUGACUGUAGCGGCUGGUACCGUCUACAACACCAAUACCCUCUCCACUCUCUCUUCCGACUUGAGUCUGUACCUUGUUGGGUUAUUGCCAUUCCAAAUUCCUCUGGACGAGACCAGAUUUGCAACGUAUACGCGGUAUCGAAUGUUCCUGAACCACGGUCUGCUAAACGACGCGUCGCGGGAUGCCAUUGGGGCCAGCGUCAAAAUGGUGAGCAAUGAAACCGGCGACGAUUUGAAUGUGACGUCAAGCCUCCCCUACAGAGCUGUGCUGGAGAUUGCGGGAGACUUUGCUCCGUACAGUAGCUAUAAGAUCUCAAUCGCACAAAAUGAAGACAUCAAGGACGGAUUUGGACAACCCCUACUCGCCACCAAACCCACAUGGGUAAACACUUCGGAUCUCGUAGGCAGUGUGCUAUACGCUGAUGAUAUCAACAGUGGCACAAAUUCCGGCAUCAAUCGCUUCCCCCAAACGGAUAUGAUGGACCAGUGGUCCGUCUUCAUCAUGGAUAAACCGGGAGAUAACGGCCUGAGCUGCUUUACUGGAGAGGACAAGGAUGAGCCACUCCCACGUGUCGUCGUUGCCUACAUUCUCACAGAAGAUAAUAUCGAGACCGCCUUGACGGAACUUCUCAAUGCCCGCAGUCAGAGUAAUGUAAUGAAUUAUACCGAGUUUGGGAUGACUCCCGAUUUGGUGAAGGAGCUUCCCGCAGGCGACUCAUAUGCAGUGUCCGAAUUCGAGAUCGAGCUAGAGCCAUUGUUGGAAACCGGAGCCGUGCUGGUACGCUACUUCACCGAAACCAGAGCCAACUACUCUACCCGUCCACCCACGUGUGCGUAUGCCGUCACAUCACGAGUCAUCUCAUCGACGUCUACCGCCGUCUCCGUAUUGGGAGAAGAGCAUAACGUAUUGGUAUGGGCAACUGAUACCACGAGCGGUGAUAAUCUCAGCGAUCUGAAAGUGGUCUUGUACCCCUCCGCCGCCUUGGCGUAUAGUUAUGACAAAGAAACCAAAAUCGAGCUGUUGGGAGAGGCCACUACUGAUGCCACUGGGGUUGCGGUCAUGCCAUACCCAAAGACGGAAGGAAACAGCAGACUCACCGUGCAAGCCUUUGUAUUCGACAAAGAUGGCAAGUUGGCCAUAUCAAAUCCAGUGAGCGCUAGUGGCUCUGGCGCACAGCCCAGUUUGGAGAGCGUGAUGGUACUGGACCGUGGCCUUUACAGACAAGGGGAGACGGUUCACGUUAAAGGUUAUGUGCGAGUGCAAGAUCCGGCCAAGCAAACCACUUCGCUGCCCAUGCAAGAAGCUAUGAAUAGACUGAGCGCUGCUCAAUUACAGAGAUCGCAGAUUCGCCGAGGAAUGAGAAGCUCUGGGCCGUUUGGGCAAGGCAUGGUGAUGAUGCAAAACCAUCUGCGGCAUAUCAAUAUGAGACGCCAGACGGUCGAACCCGGACCAGAGACAGUCGAAGAAGCACCGAUGGACGACGAACCUUCUGGCGAUCAACCGGUGGAGGGCGAGUCAAAUGCUCAACCUAGUGGUGACGAUGUCGACCCAGACUCUACCCAAGACUCGGAUUCAACUGUUUCUGAUCCCAAUUCCGAGGUGCUGCCAGGCACCCUGGAUCUACCACCAUCAGACGGAUCCGGCCCGACGGAGCCAGAAAUUGAGCCAUUCCCCUUACCCGAAUCUAUGCCCGAUGCUGUGUCCAGUUCAGAGCCUGGGGUUAAUCCCGCUGAGUUUGAGCCUCAGUCUGUGGUUGACGCACUACCGGGUACGGAUAUAGAAACCGAUCACACGACUAUUCCCUUAGACGGUGAGGAAACAGUGCUAGGAGACGAGCCUAUGAUAAUAAUGCCGCCCAUGCCCAGUGGAGGAAGUGGGGAUGGUAGUGACAUACCCGAGGGCUUUCAGCUGCGAGUGACGGGGUCUGACGGAUAUAAUGAGUUGUAUCCCGUUGUGGUCGAUGAAGAGUUUGGAACGUUUGAUACGACUUUCGACGUUGCUGAUGAUGCCAAGCAAGGAUCGUACAAUCUGUACUUGAUCUAUAGUCCUGGCAAUAGUGCUGCUGGGGUUGUUGGCGGUAGUGGCGCGGCGAUGUACACUGUGGCAGACCCUCGCAUACCGACCGCUGUUCUCAGCCUUAAAGCACCACAAGAAGUGACGCGACCCGGGGAGAAGGUUAAAGUAACCGUGUCCACAGCGCUAUAUACAGGCGGCGUGAUUGCCGAUGCGGAGGUGACGAUCAAUUGGCAGGCGGCCCUCCCGCUGAUAAGCCGCACUGAGCCAUCCAUCGUCGCCGAUCAAACAGUUUACAGCCUUGGCGACACAGCCACGUUUUCGUUCUUCAACACUUUCCCUCGACUAAGUGUUCUGACCGUUCAGUGGAGCAACUCGGUUGACAACACCGAUAUGAAGCAUGAUGUGAUUGAGGUCACGCAGGACGAUGUGGAUGAAAAUGGAGUGACUACCGUCUCGUUCGAUGUCGACGAAGCGUACUGUGCCAACGGCUGCAAUGUCGCUGUGGUGUUAGCCUCACACGCAGGAAACGCUGAUGAAUCUACCAAUGAGAAUGAAGAUACAGACUCCACAGCUAAUGGGGAUGCUCGCAGAAGUUCGCAUCGCAUUCGACGCUUAGCCGACGGUGUGGUGGUAUCGCCGUUGUACGAUGGAUCGUUGCCAGAGACCUACCAUUACAUAUCGAGAAUAGCCCUGGAGAGGGCGCCAGAGACACGCCUGAAUGUGGAUGUACAUAUGUCUGUAUCGGUUGCUGCGCCCAGAGAUACUGUGGACGUGACUGUGAAUGUGAGUGAUUCCGCUGGCAACCCCGUAUCCAAGGGCGACGUCAUGGUUGCUAUGGUCGACAAGGCGUUGCUAGAUCUCCAGCCAAUCUCUCCCAACGCUUCCGAAGCAGCCCUAUAUGCAAUGCUGUACCCUACCUACUUCACCAUCUACGACUUCGAAGCGACCACCAAUGGUCUGGGAAGUCCCGCCGGGUACGCACGUGCACGGGAGAUUAUGUUGCGGCGUUGGAAUACAGAUCCCUAUCUCCGAUUGCAGUGGCCAAUUGAAGGGGCCGAUUAUCAAUUACAACUCGACGAUAGCGACUUCUUCUCUCUGUACUACACUGCCCUGACCAAUGGCGGCAAUGUGGGCCCUCCCCAGGAUUCCAUUGACGAGAUACCCCGAGAACCGAUCAUGAUGGAGAUGGAUGGUAGUAACCCUGAGUUGAUGUUGUUUGCUUCGCCGGCGAUUGAAGCGAGCAAUGGAGCUGUGACAGCUGUCAUGGACGAGGGCACGGCCAGAGAACCAGGUGCCAUCACUCUUACCGCCUCGGCCCCUCUGCCCCGCGGCGAGUUCGCUGUCGUCCCUCUGUGGGUGGGCAGUGCUGCGCUGAGUGCGGAGGGUGUGUUCACAGUGUCGGUGGACCUGCCCGACAAUGUGGGUGAGUUUGUGGUGUACUCGUAUGUCAUCGGAGAAGGUUCUGCCGCGAGUGUGGAUUCGGCGAGACGUCAGGCGGACGUUGCUGCACCCCAGGCUGUGGGUGUGGGUGAAGCCUCGCUCACAGUGGUACAGCCAGUCGCCACACUACAGGAGCGUAUGCCGCGAGUGCUGAGGGCCGGGGACGUGUUCAUGGGAGGAGUCAUUGUCAGUGCCACAGACGAGGACUUUGACGGGCAGCUGACUGUGGAGGUGGAGGUCGAAGCCUUAGGCGACAUGUCUGAGGCGGCUAUCAACGUGUGUGUUCCUGAGGAUGACUCUUCCGCCGUGCCUGAGACGUCGCUUACACUAGACCUGAAAGGCCAAACACCCGUACAAGGAGCGUUCCGUAUGUGUGCUGAUGCGCUUGGUGAUGUUCAGCUCAUAGUCACUCUUAAGCAAGGGGAUGCGAUCAUAGACUCACUGAUUGUCGAAGCGAGUGUCUCCGGUGUCAUGCCACUUGUUACCUUGGCAACGAGCGCGGGUGUGGAUCAGGAAAAUGCAAACCCUUACCCGGAAGGUAUCGCGCUACCGCCGUCUGUACCGAACUCUGGACUGCUGUCGGUCAGUGUGGGCGUGGGCCGGUUGCCAGCUGUGGUGAAUAUGGUCAACCAACUCGCAGCGAGUGUGUGGCUGUCGGGUAAUUCUAGCGCAAUAGACCCUACCGUAAGCGCUCUAUCGCUGGUUGCUGUGCCAAGCGCGGUGUCAUCUGCCACGGCUUCGUACGAAUCGCUUUCGGACGAGGUUGCCAUGGCAACCGAGACAGCGGAUCUAGCCACAGAGCGGUUAUCAGUGUACACAAAUCCCAACUUUGGUCUGACCUACAUGCCCACCACCACGUGGACGCCAACGAGCACCGAUGUGUGGCUCAACGCGUUUGCGCUCUACGCGUUCAAGGAUCUGGAGAGAGAUGGCAACACAAGGACAUGGGAAGAUGCCAUGCACGGUACUUUCUCACACGACAGGCGUGUGGGUGUUGUAUCUAUCUAUGUAUCUCACACCCGCUAUUCGACCACUAAACCAGGCGUGGUGCUAAAGGAGUACACAUACGGCGGCACGCCCGCAGUGGACUCGCUGGAUAUCUACGUCAAAGGCACAGGGGAAGUGCAGGUGGUCACACUGCUUCAGUUCAUACCCUUGGUGCUUAAUACGGAACCCAUCUCGCGUGGGGUAAGCGUUGAGAAAAUCAUUCAACGCGUUAAUACAACCAAUGGGAAGCCCUAUGGACCAUCUAUCGGCCCCGAUGAGAUCAUCGAGGUCGGCGAAAUUGUUCAGAUUACACUGCAGAUUGUGGCACCUGACGAUAUGACCAAUGUGGCUGUUGUGGAUGGAAGUGCCGGUGGAAUAGAGGCACAGGCCUUUGUGACAACGAUAUCGCCACUCAUCUCUCGCCGGCGUCGGCAAGCUUUCGCGUCCAUCGGAAUCAGUCCCAUUUCAUCCGGCCCCUCCUUCACAUCGUACUUUUGGAACCCGUUCGAGUACCGUGAGAUGGGCAGAUUUGGGGUCCGAUACUACGCAUCCAGUCUUCGCGCCGGAACAUACACCCUGGCACAUACAGCGCUGUGUGUGACUGAGGGAGCCUUCUCGCUACCCCCUACGCACGUGUACAGCGAGCCUCAACCGGAUAUUAUGGGUCUGAGUGCUGGGGCAUGGCUGGUGACCUCCGAGAGUAUGAAGGACGUUGAUCCAGACAGAGCAAUCACCGCAGCUGUAAAUCAGCGAUUGCAGACGGCAGGUGCCGAUAACGAGAACGCGUGACUCCCCGCACCCACAACCACCCAGAUUUAUACGUACAAGAUCAAAAACGCGUUUAGAUACAAAUGGAAAUACAAUGUGGUACUUGGUAAUUCCGGAAAAGUAGCCAUCGUUAUCUUCUCCGUCCUGGGACUUCUGGGAAUGGUAUUUGGGCUCGCGUUUGCAAGUUACUUCAUAGUGAAGGGAGCUAUGUACCGACGAGCAGGUAACAAUGGUAGGUCUGGUCACAAUGCUUUUCAGGAUAGUAGCUACGGACACAACACUGAAGAAGACGUAUUAACCGGUGAAAUUGGUAGUGAGAUGGUAUGUAUUGCACUAGGACAUUCAAGAGAUGUACAUGAACACAGCCAAUGAAAUUUACGAGGCUCCCGUGAAGAUUGAAGAUGGCAGAUGAGGCGGAUAUCAGUGAAUGCAACUCAAGAACGUAUGAGAAUAAAUUACAUUAAGCUGA